UGUGUGUAAGCCUGUGUGUGUGCGUGUGCAUGUGUGGCAGAGAGAGAGAGGAAGAGGAUAUACGAGAGAGAGAGAGAGAGAGAGAGAGAGAGAGAGAGAGAGAGAGAGAGAGAGAGAGAGAGAGAGAGAGAGAAAGUGAGAACAAGAGAUGCACCUGUGCCUUUGCACCUUACAACUCCAGUAGCCAUAGUGAGGGAGGAAGGGAGAGGCUUAGGCACACACACAACAGCACAUACCCCGUACACAGUAGAACAGUUAGAAAGGGACGCGCAGAGUAAACCGCAUCCACCAAGCAACAUGAUUUGCAACAGACACAGGCACCUGUUGAGUUGUAUAGACGGCUGACACCUGACAUUGCUGGGACACCCCUGGGACGCUGCUACAUCUGAGGAGGGGACACGGAGCGUAGCCGGACAGCAGAACUUCCUAUUCAUUAUUCAGUCUAACCUUGGGGCCACCUUCCUCCGCCUUGGUCAAACAUUGUAUCGCAGAAAGCUUUUUGAACUUGGUUUCUGCUGUGUUUUUAGCUCGUCUUCCUUGACAUGGCCGAUCCCGCCUGGUGGAAGCUAACCUUCCUACGCAAGAAGAAGUCUGAGGCCAAAGUUCUGUACGAGAUCCCGGCUGAGUUCACCAGCAACACCGACAACAACAAGGACAGCAGCAGCACAGGCUCGGGCUGCGAUCCCAUCUCCACCGACAGCCAGUUCAACUACCGGCUAGAGAAGAUCGUGGACAAGUCCACCACGGCCACCAAGGGCCGCCACGUCAAGGUAUCCCACUCCGGCAGGUUUAAGGAGAAGAAGAAGGUCAGGGCCACCCUGGCCGAGAACCCAAACCUCUUCCCUGAAAACAAAAUGGCCACCAACGAGAACUUUGUGACAGCCAAAGAUUAACUGACUCCCUUUGAGUGACAUUCAAAAAAAAAAAAAAUGAUCAGACUCUUUGUUGACAAACACCUGCACAAUUUUUUUGUUGUUGCUUUUUUUAGAGUAUGUGAGUGUGUUUAUAUGAAACAUGAUUUACUGGACUAAAGGUUUAUUCACAUCCUGAAAUGAAUGAGAUUUUUUUUUUUAAAUCAAGACUUGCCAUCCACAGAUAUGCCUACAAGACAGAAAGACCUCAUGCUCUACUCAAGGGCGCCGGAACGAGUGUUAAAGUUGGUGGUGCAUUUUUUCUUGAUUCAUUAUUUCUUAACAAUAUUACUGCUGCUGCACUCCACUCAUUUUGCCUGCAGUAAAAGUUGAUAAGUCUCAUUUAGGGAGCCCAAAAGUGGGGAUGCCAAUGCACUACUGCAUCCCCCUGUCUGCUACCUAUGGCUCUACUGUGGAAAUCUAUAACACAGGAGUGCUAUUAUAAUUUGCAUACCACCCCAAAGGCUGUUCUAGGCAACUAUCACUUUUCUUCAUCGUGCACAGGACCUACUGAUCUUUCCAUGGCUGCUGGGGAUUUCUGCUAGACAAUCACUCCAAUAUUGAUCAUGUGUAUGGGCCUAAUAUUGCACAUGUUGGGAACAUUGUUUCACCUCGUAUUGCAUUAAAGGAUGAUGAUGCUGUUUGUAGCCUACAUGUGAAGCUGGUUUUAAUACAACUACAAGGCAUAGACUUAAAGAAAAAUGAAACAAGGAAACUAAGAAUGGACAUAUUUGUACACUGUGGGUGGGAAACUUGUAGUCAGCGACAGUUAGAACGUCAAGUGAAAUAAAACAUAAAACUUUACGUUGACACUGAUUAUUCAUGGACACUCUGCAUACAGAAUCAAGUAGGUAGCAGGCUUCA